AAAUUUUAGUCAACGAAAGUAUCCAGUAGAGGCAGCUAUGGGUCUGUACAGUGUUCYGUGUGUUGUUCGAUUGAAACGUCUAUAACAACACGUAUAACUUGCGCUGGGGUCAUCUAAUCGAUUAGGACAUCCUGCUACUAUUUAAUACUUGAAAUCGAGUUUUCUUAAGCGGCGUUGACACCAUGCUAAACGUAMUGACUGCUGUGGUCAGUUUCACUCAGUACAAUGACACCGUUUCACCUACGUCCUCGCCGGAGAACACUUCGGCAUUCCCAACCUGGCAACCCGAUUCUGCAUCCAACAUCAGCAGGCCUCACAAAUGUCUGCAGCUGCUGUAUGAGGAUGCUGGAGACUCCAGGGUGCGUUUCUGGGACAUUUUACUGCUGGUGCCAAAUGUAGCCUUCUUUGUGUUCCUGAUGUGGAAGCUGCCCUCAGCCAGGGCAAAGAUUCGACUCACUUCCAGCCCCAUUUUUGUCACCUUCUACUUGCUGGUUUUUGUCGUCGCAGGAGUUGGAAUCACCCGAGCAAUUGUGUCUAUGACUGUCAGCGCAUCCAGCGCUGCAACCAUCGUGGACAAAGUGCUGUGGGAAAUCACCCGUUUCUUCUUGCUAGCUAUCGAGCUCAGUGUUAUCAUCUUGGGCCUGGCUUUUGGUCACUUAGAGAGCAAAUCCAGCAUAAAACGUGUGUUAGCUAUAACUGCUGUGUUGGCUCUGGGAUACUCCAUCACACAGGGCACGUUGGAGAUCCUGUACCCAGACAGUCACCUGUCCGCUGAGGACUUCAACAUCUAUGGUCACGGAGGACGACAUUUCUGGUUGGCCAGCUCCUCUUURUUUUUCCUGGUGUACUCUAUGAUUGUUAUCCUGCCUAAAACUCCGGUGAGGGAGAGGAUAUCUCUGCCUUCUAAAAGGAGUUUCUAUGUGUACUCCGCCAUCCUGUCUUUACUCAACUUGGUUCAGGGUUUGGGCAGUGCUCUGCUGUGUGCUGGAAUCAUAGAAGGACUCUGUUGUGUGGACGUCACCACUUUCCUCUACUUUUCUGCCUUUGCUCCACUCAUUUAUGUCACAUUCCUCAAAGGCUUCUUUGGUUCAGAGCCCAAGAUCCUGUUCUCCUAUAAGUCUCAGGUGGACGAGCCAGAUGAAAGCGACGUCCACCUUCCUCCAACGAUUGCUGCAGCUCUUGGCCGCAGGGACCUCACAGACCAGGGCCUUUACUACUCUUCCACUCAGAUCGAUGGCUCUGGUCCCAGCAGCUCCCGUAUGGUUGGGGCUUACUUGGAUGACGUCGUAUCGGGACCCUACGGGUCCAACAGCGUUGAGGCUGACCGCUGGAGACCUAUCAAUGUCUGAGACAGUGGAUAAACAAGAAUUCAGCUGCACUUCAAAUGUGCAAAUGUGCUGCGUUGAUCAAGAGGCGGAUCAUAGAGGUUGACCAAAGAAACAUGGCAGYUGCAGCUGGUUGGACACAGUGGAAGUGUAAUCCUGGUCUUUUUUGAUGCCAGAAAAACUUAACAAAUGGACACUUGAGAGCAGAUCUUUCCUCACAUUGAUCAGAAGGACAGKGAUUAGUGGUGCCAUAGUGUGCUGCUGCCGUCACUUCACACGAGGAGCGCUUCCUCCUCUGUGAGCCUGACAGUUAUCAUUGAUCUUUGUUUCUGCAGACUCUUAAAUGUGAAUGCUUUCCGCUCUGACUCAGCGCAUUUUCUGUAACUUCAGCACUAAAAAAAUCAGCUGCUCAUUGUUUUAAAUGUUGACAUUUGUUUGAUUAAUUGAAUCUUUUUGAUUUAAAACUUUGAUGCAUUCCCACUUAGAGCAUAAAGGAACAUUUUUUUAUGAACUGCCUCUUAAUAGAUUCACGACAGUUGGUUAAUCAUCCGUUUAGGUUUGUUAUCUGAAGUAGCUGCCAUGUCUGUUGACACGUGGACAAAGUGUUAAAUGUGUCACCAUAACAGUAUCUCCUAAAUAUAUUGUAUGAAAAGCUCAAAGUGUUUGAGACAGCCUAACAGUUCCUAAACUAUUGAAAACGCUGGUUUUGCUGUUUAUAUUUUGUUUCUUUCUUUCAACCUUUUUUAUCUAAGAUGAAGUGUGCAAUCCCUUCUGGUAACUUCAGAUUCUGUAAGGAAGUAAUUCAGUAAAUUUAGAAACCAUUCCAGUUCAAACACGCUUCCUUUUUUUUUUUUUUUUAUAGCAGCACAUCUUCAGUUCAGUUCUCUCAGUAACAACUCCCUGGUGCAGUUUGCUUCUUUUUUUUGAUGAAUACAAGGGCUGAAAUAAGACCUGAUAGUUACUGUUUUAUAGUAUUUAAAAUAAUGUUAAUACAUUUUUAAAUAUAUUUAGGAAUUAUGACUUUAUUUGAUCAAAGAAAUGUUCAGACAUGAGUAUUUUUAAAGUGUGAUGAUUGGAUCAAAGAGGAAAAAGAUGUCAAAAAUAAUUUGGAGCUUUAAACUUUCACUACUUAUUUAUCUCAUAAAAUCACUAUUUGUGGAAAUUUAACUUUUUUUUUUCCUGUCAGUGACCUUUAAUUCGUUUUUUUUUUUCCCCAAAUUCAGUGUUUGUUAAUGACUUGCUUGUUAAAUCCUGAAGUUUUGCUAGGUUAUAGUGGACUUUAUGCAAAAAAUUGGAUUCAAUUUUUUUUAUUAAAAGGCCACAACACAGUACAGAAGAUGUUUUCAAGCAAAUAAAGUAUCUGUGUGAUUUGUAUGCAUUUUUGAGUGUUGGAUAAUGCUGAGAUUUUGUUUUCUGACUUCACAAGGUGCAUCACUGUGGAUUUUCAUUAUCCUCAUAUGCAAAAUCGUUCAUGGUUAAAUGUUCAUUCCAAAUYGUGUUCAAAUGAAUUUUGACCAUUCCAUGAGUAUAAAAUAAACUGUGGACUCUGA